AUGACAGACCUCACUUAUAUCCUGAUGCAGGAUGGCAGCGCAAGGGGACUCCGACACUUUCUUGGACCCAGAGUACAAUGGACAGCUUCCCUUCAUCAGGUUUCGAUGUUCUACUGCGAUUUCUACCAGGGCAACCUGGGCUUCCUGCACCAGUCCUUCAUGGGGGCCAUGAUAGAGGAGAGCAUCAGAGACAGCCAGACCUGGCACUGGGGCAUCCAGCGGGAGCCUCACGAGGAGAUCAGAGAUGUGAUGAACAUGAACGUCGACAUGAACAUCACCGACGACGUGGUCGACCUCGUCGAGCGGUCGCUGGUCGUGGGGCCCGUGGCCUCCGAGGAGGUCAAGGAGCGCUUCAUGGUCCGCUGGCCGCCCCCCCCUGCACCGCAUGCAGGACCACAAUUUUGCGUUUCCCUAAUUCAGAGUGCGCUAUGCCGUACAGCAGCCCUUCCCCUGGAUGAAGCAGCCAGCCGGCUGCGGCAAUGGAUAUGGCCACAGCAUGGGCACCGCCAUGCUGCACCGCGCUUGGUUAGCCUCAUGUCUUUUUGUUGGAAUAUGUCGCUGGCCCACCGAGGCCACUCUUCAGUCCACUACGAGGAGUCGACCUAUGGAGUGUGA